ACGCUAUGAGACCGUUUCUGUCGUGGCAGAUGUAUGAGCGCACUGGCGCUGACAUAAGCGACGAGGCUGGGACUGAUCUGUAAGAAAGCGCACGUGUUAUACAGCCCAGUACAACAGUUUGUAUGAUAACGUAGUAGUGUUAUGUUUGAUCCAUUUGCUUUGGGCCAUAACAAGCUUUCAUUGUACAAUAGUUUCUCACGUAUCGUAUUGGAGAGGUUCUGGAACAAAUGUACGAGGGGUGUGACGCUCUCUAGUGGAUGAGAGCCCGUCGCCCUGCUCUCUAGUGGAUGAGAGCCCGUAGCCCUGCUCUCUAGUGGAUGAGAGCCCGUAGCCCUGCUAUCCGUUGGAGGAUGUGUGAUGCUCUCUAGUGGAUGAGAGCCCGUAGCCCUGCUCUCUAGUGGAUGAGAACCCGUAGCCCUGCUGUCUGUUGGAGGUGUGUGAUGCUCUCUAGUGGAUGAGAGCCCGUAGCCCUGCUCUCUAGUGGAUGAGAGCCCGUAGCCCUGCUAUCCGUUGGAGGAUGUGUGAUGCUCUCUAGUGGAUGAGAGCCCGUAGCCCUGCUCUCUAGUGGAUGAGAGCCCGUCGCCCUGCUAUCCGUUGCAGGAUGUGUGAUGCUCUCUAGUGGAUGAGAGCCCAUAACCCCGUUGGAGGUGUGUAAUGCUCUAGUGGAUGAGAGCCCGUAACCCCGUUGGAGGUGUGUAAUGCUCUAGUGGAUGAGAGCCCGUAACCCUGUUGGAGGUGUGUAAUGCUCUCUAGUGGAUGAGAGCCCGUAGCCCUGCUGUCUGUUGGAGGUGUGUGAUGCUCUCUAGUGGAUGAGAGCCCGUAGCCCUGCUAUCAGUUGGAGGAUGUCUGCGUCGGACUCUGAUUACUCAAUAGACUACCUGGCCAGUGACAGUGAGGAUAAUGACAACGACAGCGGCGUGGGACUGAGCCCCGACGGACACACAGUCAGGACGGCACCUUCAUCCUCCUUACCUCCACCCUCAUCAUCGUCAUCAUUAAGGGACUCUCCCAGUAACACUGACUGUGGUUCUUCUAAGGACGGGAUCUCGAGGCUAAACAGGAAUUCCAACCACGAGGACCCCCAUAGGCUGAGCAGUGACACAGGAGAUUUUGGCGACUCUGGCCUCAGUAGGGACGGGGACAGUGAUAAUUCCAACGAUGCUGACCCUCGACUGAGCAGGGACAGAGAUUGUAGUUGUGGUGGCACCCCUCCUCCAGCCACCUACUGGGGGGGCCGCUGCCCCAGUGAGACCCAGGGAUGUAGUCCUACUGUGUACGGUCAGCAGCAGCAGAGACUGUCGUGGAGCCCGACGGCCUCCUCUCAAGCCUGGGAUAGAAACAGCAGACAGAGUGGCACUGGGAAGCCUGGGCAGGGCAGGAAGAGGGCACACAGCCAUGGACGGCAUCCUGGAGACCAAGGCUGUAGGAACAGAGACACAACGGAACCUGGGGAGCCUGAGAAGGAUCAGCUGUUUGCCCAGAAGUGUAUGGAGCUCCAGCGUUACCUCCAUCCCCUGUCUUCCAUCCUGAGAGGCCUGCGCUCUGGGAGGUACUCAGAACGUCUUAGCCGUUUCCAGGAGAGCGUUGCUAUGGACCGGAUCCAGAGAAUAAUGGGAGUCCUCCAGAACCCAAACAUGAGUGAGCGCUACAUCAGUGUGAUCCUGAAGAUAGAAGCGAUGCUCCAUAGCUGGUUUCCUCAAGUCAGAGCCCGUCCAGGCCCAGACCCAGGCCCAGACCCAGGCCCAGACCAGCACACUGACAGCCAGGAAGAGCACCACACUCCAGCUAAGAGACACACUCUAGCUAAGCAGUACCAGGCCCCAGCCCAGCCACCACCUCCAGCCUCUCCUCCCGUCGUCUCCCCCUCAGAGGGUGACCACCACCCAGCCCUGCGAGCCUCCGAUGGACCCCUACCCGGCUCCUUCCCCUACUCCUCUGCCACUCAUCUCAAACGUCUCCACACCGCCCCCAUCUGCUCCUCCAACACAGAGACAGAGACAGCCCAGCAAGAGCCACCGGGCCUGGUCAGACCCUCCACCGCCUGCUCCCUGGGAUCCAACCGUCCAGCCGACGACCAGGAACAGACCCAAGACGACGCGGUCUCCUCCAGCACUGACCCCCAGGGGAGCACUGUGGACCCCCACCUCCAGACCCACCCUUACAGAGUCAGACCCCGAGCCCACCGACGAGGGCCUCCGUCGGGGAAGAUCAGCUCGCCCUGCCUGGAGAGGCUGCUCCAGUCCAAGGAGAGCAUCAUCUCACCCAGAAACAUGGGAGGUCAGAGUCCGGGAGGUGGUGGGGAGAGCAUCAUCUCACCCAGAAACAUGGGAGGUCAGAGUCCGGGAGGUGGUGGGGAGAGCAUCAUCUCACCCAGAAACAUGGGAGGUCAGAGUCCGGGAGGUGGUGGGGAGAGCAUCAUCUCACCCAGAAACAUGGGAGGUCAGAGUCCGGGAGGUGGUGGGGAGAGCAUCAUCUCACCCAGAAACAUGGGAGGUCAGAGUCCGGGAGGUGGUGGGGAGAGCAUCAUCUCACCCAGAAACAUGGGAGGUCAGAGUCCGGGAGGUGGUGGGGAGAGCAGCCGUUCGUAACAGCUACUCAGACAUGGUCCAUGGAGGAGAUAAGGACUGAUCUGGGCACAGAGUUGACCCGGGAGAGACAGAGCUGUAUCUUUCCACAACAGGCUCUCCAAUACAGCAGGGGGCAAAGGUCGGUGUCUGAGCAGGACGCUGUCUCUUUAAGAGCUGUGUGUCAUGUGAUCCAUCAUGUGAUCCAUCAUGUGAUCCAACUACGGUUUGUUUAUCUGCAGUAAGACACUGAGACGACAUAUUAUAGACCUGCAGUAAGACACAGAGACAUGGAGGAGAUGAGACAUAUUAUAGACCUGCAGUAAGACACAGAGACAUGGAGGAGAGGAGACAUAUUAUAGACCUGCAGUAAGACACAGAGACAUGGAGGAGACAUAUUAUAGACCUGCAGUAAGACACUGAGACAUGGAGGAGACAUAUUAUAGACCUGCAGUAAGACACAGAGACAUGGAGGAGACAUAUUAUAGACCUGCAGUAAGACACUGAGACAUGGAGGAGACAUAUUAUAGACCUGCAGUAAGACACUGAGACAUGGAGGAGACAUAUUAUAGACCUGUAGUAAGACACUGAGACAUGGAGGAGACAUAUUAUAGACCUGCAGUAAGACACAGAGACAUGGAGGAGAGGAGACAUAUUAUAGACCUGCAGUAAGACACAGAGACAUGGAGGAGACAUAUUAUAGACCUGCAGUAAGACACAGAGACAUGGAGGAGACAUAUUAUAGACCUGCAGUAAGACACAGAGACAUG